UUUUAUUGGCCUAGCAUGCUCACCAUGACUCACAGUGUCCUGUUGAUAUUGGUUAUUUUGAAGAGGAAUUUAAUGCGUUGUACUAGAUACUGCGGAUACAUUUCAGUGUGAACUAUCCUAAAAAUGGUGAAAUUUCUGGAAACUAAGGCGGACUUCGAUGCUGCACUGUCGGCGGCAGCAGGAAAGCUAAUGGUGGUGGACUUCACUGCCUCCUGGUGUGGACCUUGCAAGAUGAUCGCCCCUGUGUUUGAGGGCUUGAGCCAAGAAUAUGAUGAUGUGGUCUUCUACAAAGUGGAUGUUGAUGAGAACUCGGAAACAUCUGAAAGCCAGAAAAUCAGUUGUAUGCCGACGUUUAAACUCUACAAGAAUGGAGCAGUGGUCGAUACUCUAGAGGGAGCUGAUAAAGACGAGCUGAAAGCCAUGAUUGUCAAAAAUAAAUAGAAGUGCAAAUCAAAGCAUGACGAACACAUCGCAUUGAUAAUCAAGUCUGAUUUAUGUCUUUUGUUUGACUGAUAAUAAUUUGAUUGUCUGGAUAUUAAUAGAUGUAUUUAACCACUA